CCUCCCGAGGCAGCCCCACCCCCUUAGCCUCUCGGAAGCCUUCGCAUCUGUGAGCGCGUCAUCCUCCUGUCGCCAGUGCGCCUGCGUAGUAGCUACCUUUGGCCUCUGUUCCGUUGCUAUGGCGGCCGGCUUGAGUGGGAUGUUUGGCAACCAGGGCCCGGUUCCUCCUCCGCCUCCCCCACCUCCUCCCCCUCCUCCUCCAGUAGCCGCAGGUGGCCCGGGCCAGCCUGGGCUCCUCCCCACGAACCCUGCGGGGCCGCGGAAUCCCAACAGCACCCUCGUGGACGAGCUAGAAGCUUCUUUCGAGGCUUGCUUUGCUUCCCUUGUGAGUCAAGAUUAUGUGAAUGGUACAGACCAAGAAGAAAUUAGAACUGGAGUUGAUCAGUGUAUCCAGAAAUUUUUGGAUGUUGCAAGACAAACAGAAUGUUUUUUCCUACAAAAAAGGUUACAACUAUCUGUCCAGAAACCAGAUCAAGUAAUUAAAGAGGAUGUUUCAGAACUGAGGGGCGAAUUGCAGAGGAAAGAAGCACUAAUCCAGAAGCACUUGGGUAAACUGCGAAACUGGCAGCAGGUCCUGGAAGACAUCAAUAUACAGCACAAAAAACCAGCUGAAAUGCCUCAAGGACCUUUAGCAUAUUUAGAGCAGGCUUCAGCGAAUAUCCCUGCACCCCUUAAGCAAACGUGAAAAAGGAGCAGAAUUCAAAGAAGAAGUUUUUUUUAUUUUUGUAGAUCAAGUGUGGAACUCUUAAUUUUUUACAGUCUGUAUAGUGCAUUUUUAUAUGGAUUUUUAAUAAGGAAAAUGUAAUCUGUACCGAUGAGGGUAGACCUUUUAUUAGUCAUCCAGCCCCAAAGGCUACAUACAGUACAGAUUAAAAACAUUUCUCUUUGAA